GUUGUCUCAGCCGACAUAUGACGUCUUUCGCCAAGCAGAAUCAUACUAUAGCCAGGAGAGAAAAGAAAUAAAAGAAAAUGGCAACAAAAGUAUCUUCAAGUCUUGAAGAUCCCGUCGAGUGUCCCAUUUGCCUCGACCAGUACCAGGACCCUCGUAUCCUUCCCUGUCAGCACACCUACUGUAGAAAGUGCCUGGAAGGGUUACUGCAUGAAGCGGACAGCAGCUGGUUUUCCAUUCAAUGCCCUGAGUGUCGGAUGAUAGUGCGGGUCAAGGAUGUUUCUUCAUUACAAGUYGACACAUUGGUCAAUAGACUUCUGGCACUAGUCGAGUUGUCCAAAGAUACUGUGAAAGAAUAUAAAGGACAACUUCAAAAGAAAAUGCAAUGUUUACGCGGAACAAAGAAGGAGGUCGAAUCCGCUUUGAAGGCAGUGAAAGACAUGCAAGAAAAAGUGAGGGAAAAUGCGGAAACUGUCAAAAAAGMGAUAGAUGAGAAAAUCGAUGUAAAAAUUGCAAUUCUAGAAGAGACGCGCGCGAAACUUAAACAAGAGUCUACUAGCUUGACGGCGAUGAAAAUGGAGAAACUCUGCUCAAAGAAGGACGAUCUUGAGAUGCGUUUGGUUGCUCUUACCAGCGUAAUGGAGCUCACUGAAAACAUUCUUGCCAAAGGUAGCAAACGUGAUGUUUUGUCAAUGACAAUCCCAAUCCAGUUGCGUUUAACAGAGCUAUCAAAAAAGRAAAUUGAUGUCGAAGUGGAUGAGAAAUACGAGCAAAUCUUGCAAGUCAAUGAGAUACCGAAUUUUCAUGAAGAUAUCGUGAACUAUCUUGUAAUCAAAGACAGAUUUGCGCCAGAUCCAGAGAAAUGCACCGUUGGUUGGAUUGAAGGCACUAGCAACAUUUUCUUACAAGUCAGGAAUUAUUUCGGUGAACCAAUAAACAUAAAAGCAAACAGGGUUCAGAUUGAUUGCCCUCGUGUUCACGUUAAAUCAUGCACAAAAACUGGUGAAUUUCUGAUCGAAUCCAGAGACGUAAUCUUUAAGCGACCUUCUGAUUUACACCGGGAUGACACGAGUGAUGGAGAACUGAAAAAUCUCGAAGUCCAGGUUGAUGGUCUGUCUGUCCGAGGAACAGGCCCUGGAUUAAUGCUGACAUCGCCAGAGAGAAUUACCAAAAAUAGAGCUGACAACCCAAUCUUUGUUACAUACAGGCCAGCUUUGAUUUUCAACAUGGCGUCAGUGUCGUAG